AUGUCAGCAAGUACAACAAAAACUACUGAAGACAAUUUCCGUUAUGUUCAAAAAGCAGCAAAAUCUAUUGAUGAUAUUGAAAAACGCUUUGUUUUUGUUUACAGACAAAUCUUAACUUUUGAGGAAUGUAUGGAAGAAGGGCCAAAAAAGAACCAAACAGUAAAAAUGCUUGUUACUUGGGCUUUAAAUGAAUUUGGUGGUGGUUACAAAUCUGAUAAAAGAAUGCUUGAUUUGUGGAAAUUGAUGGGCAAAUAUAGCAAUACUAUUGGAAUGGAUGGUGUUCUUGAAAAUGUUCAUCGCCUUGGAUUUUUCAAAAAUGUUCCUGAUUUUUAUAUUAUGUGGGCAGAUCAUUUGGGUGCUAAAGAAAAUAAAGAGCAUUUUGAUAAGAUGAUUCAAAUUUGUGAGGAAAAUUGCAACUUAAGUUCAUGCGAAACUCGGGAGCUUUUCAGCCCACUAAUUAAAAAAUAUUUCCCUGAUGAUUGUUAUGAAGAAGAGAACAAAACUAUCGAUUUUAUUAAAAUGUUGGCGGAUGAUUCAGACAAUGUUCGACCUGAAUUGACACUUUUUCAAAAAUUUGAUUAUGAGAAAUCAGUCUCUUCAUCUUCUUCCUUAUUGCCUCAACAACCUCCUCCAUCACCUGUUGUCGAAACAUCUGCUCCUGCUGUUGCUGUUAAACCUUUGGACGUUUUGAAAGAUAUUACGACGAUUACUAAAGAAGUUUUGCCACCUCCAGUUCAAGUUAAACAGUUGAAGGUUUUGGAUAAUAUUCCAGUUGUAACGAAAGAACUUUUGCCGCCACCAUCUCCUGUUAAACCUUUCAAUUUUUUGGAAGAUAGUCCUGAUGCAACGAAAGAAAUUUUGCAUCCAUCACCACCUCCUACUAUUUCGAAUACACCUGGUCGUAAAUUUUUGGAUAAAAAUAUUGAGAUGAGUUAUCAAGACAAUUUACAGAAGGUUUUAAAAUUUUGA